UGGAAUCUCUCUCGUUGCUUCCCUUUGGUGCCCGACUUCUUCCCGAUUCCUGCUCGCGAUCGAACCGUAGUCCAAUAAGAAAACGAAGAAGAAUCAAGUUUGACUCAAUCAGAGAUUCGACAAUAAGUGAAAAUCCUCGUCUUCUCCUAGGGUUCCGCCGUCUGCCGCAAUGGCCAGCACCUCUGGCGGUGUGGCGAGAGGGCGCCGGCUCGUGGGCGAUUACAUUAUUGAUCGACAGAUUGGGGCGGGAGCUUUCUCUACUGUGUGGCUGGCGCGGCACCGCAUUCAGGGAACGGAGGUGGCCGUCAAGGAAAUUGCCAUGUCUCGUCUUUCUGAGAAGUUGCGGCGCAGCCUUCUCUCCGAAGUCUCCAUCCUCGGUCGCAUCAGCCACCCUAACAUCAUCGCUCUCUACGACUUCAUCCAGUCAAACCUGCUGUACACUGCUAUGAAGGCUAUUAACUUCAACACCUCUCUCAAUUUUGGUGCCCGAUUGAGCCUUUUUUUCAUGAAGAAGUCAUCUGAAAUAAGGAAUGAGCAUCACUACCUUUGGAUUUCUACAACAUUUACAAAUAUGCUAGAUGAUCAUGAGAUUCCUGGGCGAAUAUAUCUUGUAUUGGAGUUAUGCAGAGGUGGCGAUUUAUCUUUGUACAUACAGAGUCAUGGUAGAGUUUCCGAAGCAACUGCAAUGUAUUUUAUGAAACAGCUAGCUUCUGGUUUGCAGGUUCUCCGUGCUAAUAAUGUCAUUCAUCGUGACCUGAAGCCACAGAAUCUUCUUCUCUCAACAUAUGAUGAAAAUGCAACCUUGAAAAUUGCAGAUUUUGGCUUUGCUAGAUCUCUGUCACCUUCUACCCUAGCUGAUACUCUUUGUGGUACACCCCUUUACAUGGCUCCAGAAGUAAUGGAAUUGAAGAAGUAUGAUGGAAAGGCAGAUCUCUGGAGUGUUGGAGUUAUAUUUUAUCAACUUGUAACAGGAAAGACACCUUUUACUGCAAAUAAUCAAAUAGAGUUACUGCAGAAUAUAGUCAACGCAAAACAACUAUGUUUCCCAUCACAUCACAAUUUGAGCUCUGACUGUAUGGAUUUGUGCCAGAAAUUAUUGCAUCCUAAUGCUGUGGAACGUUUGACAUUUGAGGAGUUCUUCAAUCAUCAAUUUCUUUCCAAACAGCCUCCCGUUGACAUAGCAAGGAUGAUAUAUAGAGAGCAAGAAAGCAUUCCACUGGUUGAAUGCAGUCGUACAAGGUCCAUCGGAGAAAAUUCACAUGAUGACUAUUUGCCUUUCCCUUUAGAUGAGGAAUCUAUUAGGAAGAAAAGAAAUCUUUCUCAUUCCAUGCUCAAGGGCACAGUGAGACCGGAUUCGGGAUUCUCUGUUGAUAUUGGACAUAAAAAUCGGAUUUGUAGUCCAUCAGAAGUUGUAGCCAUUUCUUCCGGAUAUGGUGGCCAUAGGCAUGAUUCUAGGGAGUCUCCUGGUGUACCUGCUAAAGAUAUAUUUUUCAUGGUACAAAAGCCUACUAGUUCCUCUUCGAAAGAUUCUGCGGCUGUGGACUCAUUGGAACUUGUUGAUCAGGAUUAUGUCCUUGUUCCUAGACCACCCCUGCUUAUGUCUUUGUCUUCAGUAAGUCCCUCCAGGCCAAGCAAUUCACCAUGCAAAUCAGAAGGUUCACAAAUUACAUCUCCAAAUGUUAGGGCAUCAAGUGCACCAAUGCCAAUAAGUGGUGCAGCAGUCAGUAAUGCUCCUGCCAUAAGAAGCCUGGGAAGUUGUGGCUCUCCUGCAUCAGAAACUUCCCAUGGAUCCAUCGAUAUGUCUGAUGCUGUGGAGCAGCCAUCAGGUCACUUCAUGACGAGGAUUAUAUCGUUGCAGCAGUUUGCAUCUGUCAUAACAGAUGUGGUCAAAGAAAAGAUCGAAAACGGGCAACGACUGGAAGCAUUCUCAGUUCAGCUAGUGGUUCUUGCUAUCUGGAGGCAAGCACUGCACAUUUGCCAUGCACAUGAUGCAUCGGGUAUGGAAGCAAGUCCGUCGCAUGAAGUAAAGACCCAGAAAAAUUGCAUUUCCAAAACAGUGGAAUAUAUCAACUGCACAAGCUCUCAAGCAUUAGAUGCUAUUUCCUCAGAGAUUCAGAGAAACUUUCUUUUUGGAGUUGAGUAUGGCGAGGAGCUUUCCUGGGAAAUUAGGCAAAUGGCAGUAGCUACCAAGCUGCCAGAUGCAAUGGAAAUAAUAUUCCAAUCUGCCCUUACAUUGGGCAGACAGGGUGGUGUCGAUGAGAUGAUGGGGAACACAGAGAGCGCGUCAUCUCGGUAUUCAAAAGCAGUAUGCUUGUUGUGUUUUCUUCUGGUGGAGGCACCAUCUCUUGUUCUCAGCCCGCCAUUUUCCCUUACGAAUUCAGAUCGUUGCCGGCUCCGCUUGUACAUUGAGGUUAUCAACGAUCGACGAGGCCAGUUCCAGUUACAGAGAACAGUCAUCAAGCAUGAGGGUCAUUAAAGCCCCCUAUAACAUUUCUUCUAAGCCGCUGAUAACUACUGUUCGAUGACUUGCAGUAUUAGUUUUUUGUAUAGUUAUUAUUUUGUUCAAUGGUUCCGUAAGGAUGGUGGGAUUGGGGUACUGUAACAUAAAGGUGAAAUGAUUGUAGUCACUCUAGCAAUUUAGUAAAUAAUAAUUCAAAUCAUGGUUAUUGUUGUUGUUGUAGUAG